AUGAAAUCAGCAGCUGCACCACUCCAACCACAACGCGAGCCAGUUUUGGAAAGUGUGGAUGGUUCGCUUUGUUAUCAAGGGUCACGAAAUGCAUCAUUUUGGGUGGCGCACAAGGCGCUGGCUUCCUUGGAGGACAACGUGCUCAAGGACUGGGCAGCCACCAUCAACCUUGGCCCAGGCGUCACGGCCCUCCAGCUAGAGCUGCUAUCUGUCAAGGCGAUUCUUGAGUCCACCCUCGGCAAGGUAAUACACAACUCAGCGCUUGAGCACGGUCUAAUGAUGCUUCAAGACCUCGUAUAUUACACUGAGGAUGUGGUGGACGAGAUGGAAUACUUUCACAUCCAAGACAUGCUGGACGCCAGCCAGCAUGCCGAAGGUUGCGCCCACAACCUGGACCUUAAUGUGUCGCCAUCUAUUCAUGAUGAACCACCAAAGUUGAGAUUUGAUAGGGACAAUGCCUCCCGAAGAAUAGAACAUAUUGUAGAGCAAAUGCAGCUCAUUGAAAAGAAGUUCUCUAGUGCUAUUAAACUAUUAGGUUCUGACUGGAGCACUACCCCAAACAUUGCACAAAAUCGCCCCAUCACCAUCUCUGAAAGUAUAGAGCCAAAACUGUAUGGGAGGGAGCUUUUGAUGAAGUGGAUCAUAGAUGAUAUCACAAAGGGUAAACACUGUCAUGGCGUCCUCACAGUUAUUCCAAUUGUUGGUCCAGGGGGCAUAGGAAAGACAACUCUUGCACAACAUAUAUAUAACAAUGGAGAAGUGCAAGGACAUUUUGAUGUCAGAGUUUGGACAUGUGUCUCACUCAAUUUUAAUGUGAAUAAGCUGAUAGAAGAGAUUCAAAGAUAUAUCCCUAAAGUUGAUCGUGAAAGUAGUAAUGGUACUGCUAGUGAGUUGAUUGGGCAAAGAUUGAAAAAUAAGAGGCUUUUGCUUGUAUUAGAUGAUAUAUGGGACUGCAGUGAUGAGGAUGAAUGGAAACAGCUAUUGGUGCCAUUCAAAAAAUCACAAGUACAAGGUAAUAUAAUUAUAGUUACAACUCGAUUUCCAGCACAAGCACAAAUAAUGGUUCAGAAGAAUGAUCAUUCAAUAUAUUUGCAAGGUAUAGAAAAUAAAGAAUUUGAGGAAUUCUUCCUAGAAAUUAUCUUCGGUGAUGAUGAUCAAUCUAGAAAGGAGCAUAGAUUCUUGCUAGAAACUGGAUUUAAGAUAGCUGGUAGACUAAAGGGCUCCCCUCUUGCAGCUAAAACUGUUGGUAGAUUGUUGAAAGCCCAUCUUGACUUGGUUCACUGGACUCGAAUCUUAGAAAGUAAGGAAUGGGAGCAUAGUAACGGCAAGAAUGACAUUAUGCCUGCACUGAAGUUGAGCUUUGAUUACCUAUCUUCUCAGCUUCAGCAGUGUUUCUCCUACUGUGCUUUAUUUCCUCAAGAUUACAAAUUCAAAAAAGAAGAGCUAAUUAACUUCUGGAUAGGACAAGAAGCUUUGCAUUAUUCACCACAUGGUGAAAGUAAAAGAGUUGAAGAUAUCGGGCUAAGUCAUUUGACUGAGUUGGUUAAUUAUGGAUUUUUGGAAGAUGAAGGGGAAAAGGAUGGAAGAACUUGUUACAUCAUUCAUGAUCUCUUACAUGAAUUAGCACGAAAAGUUUCAUCACUUGAAUGCCUUAGCAUAGACACUCAAUCUCAAGUGAGCUCCUUACAAAUCCCGACAUCAAUCCGCCACUUGUCUAUCAACAUAGAUGAUACCAGUGUCAACAAUAGAUUGACUCAAAAAAAUUGUGUGGAGGAUAUCAAUACAUUGCACACAAGAUUAAAAGUUGAAAAACUGCAAACUUUGAUGAUAUUUGGGAAACACCACGGUUGCUUUGUGAAGGCUUUUGGUGAUUUAUUUAGGGAAGCAAAGGCCCUUCGUGUUAUUUUUCUAUCAAAAGCAUCCUAUGAUGUGGAAUAUUUGUUGUGCAACUUUUAUAGUCUGCUCCAUCUUCGCUGCCUUCGAACUGAAAGUUCUUCUCUAUAUAAAGCCAGAUUUCCCAACAAAAUUUCUAGAUUUUAUCACAUGAUGGUCCUAGAUGCAGAACACUGUGACAUCAUAGAUCUACCAAGAGAUGUCAGCAACCUUGUAAAAUUGCGCCAUCUUCUUGUUCAAGAUGAUACAAUACACUCUAGCAUCACUGAGGUUGGGAAACUAAAAUCAUUACAAGAGUUGCGAAGAUUUAUGGUCAAACAAGAUGAUCAAGGUUUUGAAUUAAGGCAGAUAGGACAUUUGGAAGAGCUCUGUGGGUCACUGUGCAUUGAUAGUCUUGAAAAUGUUCAGGUACCAGAAGAAGCAGAUGAAGCAAAAUUGAUGCUAAAAAGCCACCUACAUGAGUUGAUACUACGUUGGAAUGUUAAUUGGUUUACUGAUGAUUCUGCACUCGGAAAACAUGUUCUUGAAAGGCUUAAGCCAAGUCGAGAUCUUCAGAAGUUAUCCAUUAUAGGGCACAGAGGAGGCACUUGCCCUUUAUGGCUGGGUUUGAACCUCUCACUCGGUAGUCUGAAAUCUCUUUGUCUAGAUGAUGUAAACUGGAAAACAUUUCCACCUAUAGGAGAUUUGUGGUUAGUAGAUGUGCCCCGUGAGGAAAUCUCAAUCAAUAUCCCUGAGAAGAGGUUUGGAAAUUUGAGAAGGCUGGAACUUAUACACUUGUCAGGGUUGAAAACAUGGGCUGUACAUGCCCCCUGUCAAUUGUUUCCUUAUUUGGAAGUGCUUAUCAUUUGGGAUUGCUCUCAACUUGUGGAAUUGUCAUUUUCACAUUCUGCCGGUUGUUGUCAACAAGGGAAAGAUGCAAAUGACAAUUUAUUUCCUAGACUGAAGGAGCUCAAGAUUAAGAGAUGUCCACAACUAUUGUCAUUUGCACCCAUUCCUUGGACUGAAGCUCCGUGCGACAUUGAAAUAAAAGGAAUUUCAUCUCUUGAUAGAUUGGUUUAUGGAAACGAAAAGAGUUAUUUGACCAUUGAGGGAAAAUAA